AUGGAGGAUAAGUGUAAAUUACAUUAGAAAGAUAUCACUCAUAUGUAUAUUUAUAUAUAUAAGAGAUAGUUGUAUACAUCCAGAUUGUUUUAAAUAUAAAAGAUUAUGUAGUGAUUGUAUAGUGAAUCAUGAAAGCAGACAUAAGAAAAAUUAAAUAUAUUCAAAUAAGCAGUUUACAAUAACAAUAUAGGAAUGUAAAUAAUAGGUAGAGAAGAAUUUGAAUACUGUUAAGGAAGAAUUGGAAUUAGCAGAAAAUAGAGCAGCAAAUGCAUUAAUAACAUCAGUUAAUAGCAAUAUUGAUGAAAUCAUUUUAGAAAUAGAAUCAAUAAGAUAAUAGAUUCAUAAAUUAUUUGAUAAAUAUAUCCAAGGAUUAAGAGAUAAAUUUGAAUAUAAAGUAAAAUAGAGUAUUCAUGCUUUAUAUGAUUAAAUUCAAGGUUAAUUAACAUAGGUUAGACAAUUUUAAAAUGAUAUCAAUUCAAUUGAUACUUAAAAAAAAGUAAUGUCAACAGAUUUAGAUUAUUAAGUGUAAUAUUAAAAGAAUAGAUUGGAAUCACUUAUAUAUUAAAGAGCUAAUUAAAAGUUUUAUGGUAGAAUAGAUGAUGAUGUAGCCUUACAUUUUAUUGGAGUGAUUUAGAAAGAAUUAGAAUAAUUAGUUAUAUAUGAAAAAAAUAAAUUAAGUUCAUAAAUAGAGAGUCUUAAUUAAAGAACUAUAUAGGCAUAAUAAACUAAAUAGAAAUCUAUAAAGAAUUUCUAAAAGUUUUUAAGUUAUGCUCCUGAAAAAUUAGAUGAAAUGAAAAAUACAAUGUAAGGUACUUAAGAAUAUUCAUUUUAUCGAUCAUGGUUACAUUAUUUUGAACCUGGAACUAAAUUUUUGUAUUAUUUAGAUUUAAAACAAUAAAAUCCAUAAAUAACAAAAGUUGAACUUGAAAUCAAUUUUCUUAUAUCUUAAGGUAGUAGAUCUAUUUUGGCUUCAGAUGGUUAAAUAUAUUAUUUUUCAGGAUAUGAUAAUGGUUAAAAUGAUGAUGAAAAUAAAACUAUAUAUUAAUAUGAUCAUCCAUAAUUAACAUUCAUUAAAAAGACAAGAAUGUAUACUCUAAGAAAGAAUUUUUCAUUAUCUUGUACAGUAGAUAAAGAUAUAUUUAUUAUUGGAGGUUAAAAUUAUAAAGAAGGUUGUUUAGCUAAAUGUGAAAAAUACAAUAUAAAUACUAAUCAAAUUACAUUAAUUAAGUAUAAUUUAAUUUAUAAUUAUUAGUCAUUUAACAGAAUUAUCAACUUUACAUUCAUCAUGUACAUAUAAUAAUAAAUUAAUUGUUAAAUUUGGUGGUUUAAUUGCUAAUACUGAAGGAGAAGAUUUAAAAAAAUAAUGUUCAGGCUUAUUAGAAUUAUAUUUUAUUGAAUAAGAUUGUUGGGAAAGAGUAGAAAACACUACUAAUCAUACAUAAUAUCCAUUACAUACUAUUUUAUCUACAUCUAUUUAAAUUCUUAAUUCUAAUAUGAUAUAUAUAUUUGGUGGUUAAAUACUAUAAAAAUAAUCAUUUUAAACUGUUAAUCAAGGAUUUAUGAUUCAAAUUGAAGAAGAAGAAGAAUUUGAUUAAGAUUAGAUAAGUAUUUUAAUAUAUUAUUACUUUAGAAUUCUAACCAAAAUUAUAUUAUUAAUUAUAACAUCCAAUACCAUAAUAAGCACAUUUUUUAACACAACCCAUUUACUAUUCUAACAAAAUAAUGUGUCUAUUGAAAGAUGGUUAAAUUAUUAGAUCUUGUUAUGAAAAGAAUAAAUGGAAACCAUUUUGA